AUGAAAGGCGCAGUGUGCUCGAGGACACAGAUACAUUUGCCAGCGAGAAUGCUGAAAAAUAAUGAAAAAGAAGUGACGACGGGUAUAGAAGGCAGCAUGAAACAAAUCGCCAGAUCAUCCUUCUUCUCACCAUUUUACCUUCGAGUACACCUUCUAAUCUACGUCAUGCUUGCCAUCAUUUCUACAUCCAGCUUAGCGGAAAUGAACAGACAAGAUUGGAGCAAAACGGUGUACAUGAAGGAAAGACCCGACUCCGUUCGAAACUCAGAGAAAUCGGCCAUUUCGCCGCAUCAACACAAAAAUAACAAGGUUGAUGGCAGACGAAAUUAUCCCGCGAAUGAAUCAGUAAUAACCAGCAAUCAGAAAAAUAGCGCGGCCCUAAAUAGAUUUCUAGAUGACGUUCUAAAUGCGCAGAACGAUUUGAAGUGGAUAGAUCAUGUUACACAUCAUAUUAAUCAUAGAAUUCACCCAAAUAAUCCGUUGGCGCAUACAAACCAGUAUUCUACGGUAUCCAACAUGGGGGAUGUCCUAGAACGGGCUGAUAUCGGUUAUGGAAGUAGGUUACGCGGCAAAAGGGGCUUCGAUCGGAAUUAUGAAACGAUGUGGAUGCUGCAAAAGAAGAAAUACGGACGGAAGGGUAUUCGCGAUAUACCUCAGAGAGUCUAUCUGGAUAACGACAUGACAUUUAAGAGAGACGCUGAUAAUGAUGACUACGACGCUCUUUAUCAAUUUCGUGGCACGUUGGAUAGAGCUGUCUACGAAGGAGGAAUGAUAGCCGAUCAGCCGCUGAAAGAUUGGACUGGAAAGAAGAAUCUCCAUUCCUCAGACGACUGGUCGAAUUCUAAUGAGAAUCCCAAAGUGACUAACGGUAGAAGUACAUGGCUUCGUAAUUACAAACCUGUUCGUGGAGGUCUCGUUAAUUCUGGGGACUCUAACUGGAAUGAACCGAGGUCGACAGUUGAAAUAUAUGAUCUUGGGGGAGAUCUUGAUGGCCCAUUGGAUAAAGAAACAAUGCGAAGGCUGAAACGAGCAAAAAACGUACAUAACGAAGAUGAAAGUGACUCACGGAUUUUUCAAGGAUCAUAUUUUGGAGAACAAAAUUCGAAAGUAUCACACGAUCGCAGUAAACGCAGUAGAAGGAGUUUUGUCGCUGUUUCAAAUUAUACAAAGGAUCAAAUUCAUUUUCCUGAAAAUAACUAUCUGAAAGCUCAAGUGAUUAAAGACGUUCUCGAAAAUGUAAGGAAUACUGAAGAAGCUUUCACGAAAUUACAUUCUAGUUAUCUCAGCCACGACGGAAACAAUUCAGUGAACGCUUCAAACAAAAUGAACAUUACCAAUUCGCAAUAUUUUCUAGACAAACAAUUGUUCUUAAAUAAUUAUUUCAAUAAUUUGACAAUUACCCCAUCGACAGCUAACCAAACAAAUAUUUUUGGAUUAAAAUAUUCUUCAAAUACAGAGCCAUAUUCAAAUGAUUAUUUCAUUAAUAACAAAUCAUUGUUUGUCAUAAAAACGGGUCUUCAAACAUAUAACACACCAGAACGUGAUUACCAAACUAAAGUUUCGAAGGAUUCUGAGGAAAUUAACCAUUCUACAAUCGAGAUGAUAUUAAAAAGUAUCGAUCAUGUAGAAAGAGAGGAAAAUCGCAUCAAUUUACCCAAUUUUGGAAAAAACACCGAUUCAAUACGUCUUUCGAUAUAUAUAAAUGACGAUGAUUCGGGGAAGUCCCUGAAAAAUCGAAACAACGAAGAGAAAUUAGGAAUUGCGGCACAAAAAAUAUCGCGAUUCAGCAUGGAUGACGGACAAUCGAAGGGCGCGGAAAAAGAGUUUCCCCGGGGAAAUAUGUCGCGUGGCUUCGGCAUGGCGACAAAUGAAUCAUGUAGCUAUGUUGUUGAAACAACGGUAGCCGCAGGAGGAAGAGAAAUCGAGGUAGACGGAAUGCGAAAGCAAAACCGCGAACCGAUACCCAGUGUGAUCAAGGUCUUUGAGCCUCGAGGGCAUCCGUAUCAAAAGCAGGAGGCAGAGACGACGACAAGAUUGUCUCGGCGAAUGGGAAAAGACGGAACGUCCGUGGCGAAGAUGAAGAUGAACAAAGAUGAUGCCGACGAGUCAAGAAGUACAAAUGCAAGGGAAGACUAUUCAACUUCGCCGAUUGAGUCUGCCGCCGAUGCGACAAAGAAACCGAAAAUCUCAUAUAUAAACACAUCUGAAAUUGGUGAAUUGGUAAUACCGAGGGAUCUCACUUCGGUGACAGUCAACGAUUUGCAAAAGCAGCAACAGAUGGUUUCACCUUUAAGCGAGGAGAAUAGGAACGCAAAUAAAUCGAAUGGAAAUUUGGACACCGAUAGAAUCGAUAUUCGUGUUCUCGGGUCAAACGGAAAUGAGACUAUGAAUGUAAAGGAAGAUACUCGAGCUGUAAUGGAAGCUCACGAGUACCAUAAAUCCGAUAAUAAUUUACAGAGGAAAUUAUUAUGGAUUUCCACGAUUUCAGUCGAUGGCGAAACUAUAGAUUCAUCGGUAGAAAGCAUGAGAUCGGGUUUUAAUGCCACGACUGAAAGUGUCAUUAAUGAGAAUCAACAGCAAAGUAAAAUAAAUGAUUCUGCAAAUUUAAAAAAAGUAUUGACUAGAAUGAAACGCGAAGAUAAAGCUGAAGAAAGUCACCUGUUACAAGAUACUUUAAAUUCUCCGAUUUCCGAAAUCAAUUAUGACCUUCGUUAUAAGCGAUCUGUGUAUCCUUAUGAAAACUUUGAAUACAAUAAUGAAGCAGGGAAUAUAGCGGUCGAGAAAGAAGCGCCGAUAAAUUACGAUGAGAAACAAGAAGAUAAUGAAGAAUAUCAGAAUCAAAAUGUCGAAGACCUUAAGGGGAUUUAUAAUGACAGAGAAGAAGACGUAUUCAAAGAUAAUGAUAAGGCAAUGGAAAGCAGAAGACAGGGACAAUCUUAUCUUAGACAGCAAAUUGAUCCUGUAAGAGCUAAAGUUGAUAUGUUGAUUAAGCAAAAGAUUGACAAGAAGCACAAAAAUAGUAAUAUUUACAGAGGAAAGAGACAUAGUAUGUUAGACAUGGUCCAGUAUUAUGAUUAUGAUGAUGAUGAAGAGCAAGAGCGCGAUGCGCCAAUAAGCGAGCAAGAACCUCAAAACAAUGAUAAUAAACUUUUAAUUAAUGCAAAAAUAAAGCGGGAUGACAAACCAUCUAACAAGUCAGGCUUAGGGAAAAAGAAGAACGAAAACGCUGAGGCGAUGAUGAAGGAACGGUUCAGAAAAACACAAGCAAAAAACAAGGAGCCGAAAGAAGAAAUCAUAGUCGAUCUUGGCAAACGUAAGAAUAAAACUAGCGAUCGAAAUGAUAAAAAGCCAAGUUCGUUAGGAUCUAGCUUCGAAAAUAUAUUCAAUGAGGAAAGACAAGUAUCAAGUAAAGAAAACUCGGAAGAGAUUGACCAAAACAAAGAUUUUGAGAAUGUUCAUCACGAAGAAUUAGCUGCCAUAAAGUCAAAACGGUUAAACCAACCGUUUGAAGACAGAACAGCAUCAUCGAAAAAUUCAGAAGACAGCUAUAAGAGGAAAACUAUCUCAAAUGAACCUUUAGAAUACAUGUCCAACAUAGAAUAUCCCGAUGCAAUAAAAAAUAUUUUGUUGAAUAUUCAGCCUGUCGAGAUUAUGGAGCAAAGCAGACCGUUGGGAUCAAAAGAUUUUCAUGAAGAUUUUGGAGACGACCAAUUAGAAGAUUAUUAUUAUUAUCAAGAGAACGAUUCAAACAAUAUCAAGCCACUGUACGAGGAAUUGAAAAACGUAUACGAUUGGCCUGAUGGCGAAUUAAAGAGUAGACCCCGGUUCAGAGGCGAUCAAAGACUACGCUAUGAAUCAGAUGAUACGCUUGAUACAAAUCCCUCUCAAUUACAGCCAUUGAACGAUAGAUUCCUCGGCUCGGGUCAAAACGACAACGCACAAAGAAGAUUCCAGUCUAUUGAUGGAUCUUGGAGGAACGCGGACUCGAAUAGGACUUUGGCGAGCAAUUAUUUUGCGCUUAAAGUCAUGGAUGACAUGUUUAAAGGCAGUUUCGAUCAGAGUUUGACGGAAAAAAAUUCACCAAAUAUAUUUUCCGCUGGAACAACCACCGAGUCAAAAUUAUCUACAAUUUCAGGAGAUAAAAAUAUCCGGUUUGCCGAAGAACAAUCAAUAAUCGAUAUAGAUUCCGGCUCUCCAUACGAAAAUAGCAAAUACAUUGAGUCCAAGGCACAUGAAGUAUUAAAGCGAAAUUUAAAUUUGGAGAAACAAGCGGUGAUUAGUUCGCAAGACUUGCAAGACGAGUCUUUCGUGGAAUCUCCAGAGUGGCAUGAUGAUUUCGAUGAUAACGAGAAAAUUAGAUUGGGCAGAGGACUGAAGGCUAUAAACGAUAAAGUAAUUUUUGGCUUGAAUAAAACUUAUGAUCAAGACAAUAAAUUAGACGUAGAAAGUGCAGCUAACACAAGUUUCAAAUCUCGAGUCUCCUCGCAAACUUUUCACGAUAAUUCGUCGAACUCACAAAAUUGGUACAACAAUACAAUAGGGGAAUUAAACCCUAUUUUUAACAAUCAUCAUGGUGUAUCUGAUCGAAAGGCUAAAAAUGUUCAAGAAUCAAUUUUAAUGAAUACGGUUAAUAUAAAUGGUGACCUCGAAGCUGCCGAACAAAAAUACGUACAUAAUCAAACACCGAGAAUCAGAAGAGCCGCUAUUUCGUUUUAUGACGACAUGAGUCAACGCGAUUCCGAUGAAAUUGACAGAAGUCUGGAUAACCAGUUUCAUUCUUCGAAUAUCCUCGAAGAUAGAUCCAAUGAAGUGCACCACCGAUAUGAGACUGGAAAUUGGGACAGCGACAUUCCAAAUGUUGAUCGAUACUCGAAAAUUCCUCCAACCAAUAAGAGAAAGAAGACGAAAUCCGGAAAAGGGAGUAAGAAGAAUAAGCAUACUUCGAAGAAACCUGCUAAGAAAAGUAAAUCAGAUUCCUCUUCAAGUAGAAACAGAAGACAUCACGCACAUCGGUCUGACAUGUCGAAGAACGUUAACCGGGAUUUAAACCCGAAGCAGAAGAACAAAGCAUCUCCUUUGAUUGGACGCACCAGAAUUCAGAAAAGUAAAACGGCCGUGCAAGGGCUGCUUCGUGCAGGGAUGGACGAGGCACCGGGCGAAAAAGUGCUUUACGUGGAGAACGUGGAGGAUCAGAGUACAGUGAAGCCGGAGGAGGACGAUGCACGGAGAAAGGAAAUUACGCUGCUCCUCGCAGCCGACAACGUCGACGACGAGUCGCAGAUGGACGUGGCUCUUCACGGCGAACUGGCUGGAAAAAUCGUCGAGCAAAUAUUCGAACAGAUCCAAAAAAAUGAUCGACUGAAGAGUGUCUUUGGUCCUGGACUUCACCGCGAUCACAAAACGGAAGACGUGAUAACGGGUAAUAUUUAUCGACAAGGGCUCGACGAAGAUGGAACAAAUCACACGGAAGCGAUGAUAAAAAAAAUCAUGGGGCUCCUUGACACGCUAAUUUUGAACGAAGUGCAAAGAAAAACUUGCGUUUCUUUAUCACCGGAUAUGCGAGAAUUUUUAGGAUGGAUGCUGGAGGUGGAUCAAGAAGUGGAAUCAUUCGAAGAAACACCACCGCUGCCAUUGGUUCGUGAGAAAAUUAUUACUCCAGAACAAUACUCGGGAGGCAAAUUCUUGUUUAACAGCAUUUCAGAGCAGGAAGAAAGAGAAAAUAUUCGUGAUGUACAGAAAAAAGUGAGAAUAUUAGAAACUCUUGUGAAGGAAUAUAACGCUCUGACUGCUAAAGAAAAAACGAGAGUCCAAACAGUUCACGAUUAUUUAAUUCGACAGUUAAACCUACUUUUGCAAUACAUCGAAGCGCGAGAAACUGCAGAGACACAAAGAAAGCCUACGUCGAUGUUCGGAGCGACUAGAGCUAGAACCGGAAAUAUCUUACAGUAUCAAAGCGCAGUGCCUAAUGUCACUAACGCAAGUUAUUCGAUGACAAAAGAAGCAUACUCUUUGCCAAUCAAUACUUAUAAUCUUUAUCGGUUCAACAACGUCUCAUUUGAAACGGCAGAUAAACAGCUUCAUAAUAGUCACGCCGCGUUUGGUCAUAGAAAACCGCGCAGCCUCGAUAAAAUCCCAUCGAAACGACGGCGUAAAACGAAACGUCGGAAGUUCCACAAUCAGAAGAACGAAAAUCAUAGAAAGACCAAGCGACGACAAAAUAAACAUCACGGACAAGAUUACUCACAUCGAACAAGAUUAUCGCCGAAGUAUAGAAAGUCGCGACAAAAGCGCGCAAAUUCCGAAGAAAGCGAUCAGUCUUCGCUUUAUUAUUUAGGCUUUGAGAAGCCAAGAAUUUACGAUUCGCUCGAUAUUCUCGAUGCGAAGUUGAGUGGGAAGAGGAAGCGGGAAUUAAUCGAUAAGAAAAACGCGAUAACCGAGAAUGACAGGCUGCUCGAUUUGUUACCCAUAAAGGGGAAAAAUCGCGUGGAGGAUGAAGUGAUACUGCUCAACAAGAGGGAAGCCUGGAAAAGAGAGAACGAGGAACAGCUGGAGGAGGUCGCCUUUGGCAAAGACAUGAGGAAUAGCACAAAGAGAGAGAAAGAACGAUUCGAGAAAUUGACGAAAGGGGAUAAACGCAAACCGAUCAGCGAGACAAGUUCCCGAAUGAAGCGAGAGAACAUAAUUCGCGAGACAUCAAUCGGCAAGAGUACAAAUUAUUCUAAUAAAUCUCAAGCAGCGCUCGAAAUUCGUCGUGAUGAAUCAUUGAAUAAUUCGAAAAUAAGUGACGGCGUAAAGAGCGAGAAUAAACUAGAAUUGGCCGAGCGGAGAAUCAAUGUUUUCGCGGAUAACAAACCCGGUGCGGCAAUUGAUUCCGCGGCUGCGGAAGUCAGCACGGAAGAAAAGUUAGCGACAAAUGCGGGAGCCAAUAACCAGGUUAAGGAAAAACUUCGCACUAUAAAUCGUGAGACAAAAAUUGACACAGCGGACGGAAGUAUGAGCUUUGUAAACUUAACGAGCGACGCGAAGCCUCAGGUCUCGGAGGAGCGACAGAAAGUUUCGGUAACGGAAAAAGAAACGGAUGGUAACACUGUAAAAUUAAAUCGAGUGACAAACUAUCGACGCGAGAAAAUAGAUCCUGAAAUCGAGUUGAAAAAUCUAAGACAGGGGCGAGAGAAAAGCCAAAUUUAUGGCGUCGCAAACUGGAAGAUGACCGACUAUCUUUACGAUAAUGAUAAUCUUUCUAGAAAUACGUUAAAGGAAAAAUAUGUGGCUAAGUUAGACGAACUGGGUGACCUGGAUACGGAUCCCGAGAAUAAUUUCGUGCUUCUGAGAUUAAGAAAUAAUAAAUGGUCGAAUGACGUCGUCGAAUGGAAGCUGCUCCCGAUAAUAAAACGAUCGCCGUAUUAUGACGACCUUGCUUUAUCAAGAAUUCAUUUAAUAGAAAAAGAAACACCUAUCUUAAGUAACAUUAAAUACAUGGAACCUCAAUCCGACGCUUAUUUAAGCAAUCCAAAAUUUUGGCGACUAAAGCAUCGCAGAAGAAGCAACGUUUUUAAUAUCUCGCCCGUAAGAAUAGCCAACAAUGAUAAUUUUCCGCACAGAAUUCAUCGAAAAGCGAAACGAGCAUCUGAGACGUUCAAGGGUUGA